AUGAGGCUGCGGGGUUGCGGUCCCCGGGCCGCCCCCGCCUCCAGCGCAGGGGCCGGCGACGCUCGGCGGCUGGCGCCCCCGGGGCGGAACCCCUUCGUGCACGAGCUGCGCCUCAGCGCCCUGCGCAAGGCCCAGGUGGCCGUGAUGACACUGACGCUCUUCCCCGUGCGGCUGCUCCUGGCGGUCCUCAUGAUGCUGCUGGCCUGGCCCUUGGCGCUCGCCGCGUCACUGGGAUCUGCCGAGAAGGAGCCCGAGCAGCCCCUGGCCUCGUGGCGAAGGGUCGUGGACUUCCUGCUCAAGGCCAUCAUGCGCACCAUGUGGUUCGCCGGCGGCUUCCACCGCGUGACCGUGAAGGGGCGGCAGGCACUGCCCACCGAGGCGGCCAUCCUCACGCUGGCACCACACUCCUCCUACUUCGAUGCCAUCCCCGUCACCAUGACGAUGUCCUCCAUCGUGAUGAAGGCCGAGAGCAGAGACAUCCCGAUCUGGGGAACUCUGAUAAGGUACAUUCGGCCGGUGUUCGUGUCCCGCUCGGACCCGGAUUCUCGCAGGAAAACAGUGGAAGAAAUCAAGCGACGCGCACAGUCCAGCGGAAAGUGGCCGCAGAUAAUGAUUUUCCCAGAAGGGACCUGCACUAACCGGACCUGCCUCAUCACCUUCAAGCCUGGUGCGUUCAUCCCCGGAGUCCCCGUCCAGCCUGUGGUCUUACGAUACCCAAAUAAACUGGACACCAUCACGUGGACGUGGCAGGGGCCUGGAGCGUUGGAAAUCCUGUGGCUCACGCUGUGUCAGUUUCACAAUCAAGUGGAGAUUGAGUUCCUCCCCGUCUACAGCCCUUCUGAGGAGGAGAAGAGGAACCCCGCGCUGUACGCUGGGAACGUGCGGCGCGUCAUGGCAGAGGCCUUGGGCGUCUCCGUGACGGACUACACGUUUGAGGACUGCCAGCUGGCCCUGGCAGAAGGACAGCUCCGUCUCCCCGCCGACACUUGCCUCUUAGAGUUUGCCAGGCUCGUGCGGGCCCUGGGGCUAAAACCAGAAAAACUUGAAAAAGAGCUGGACAAGUAUUCAGAAAGUGCGAAGAUGAGGAGAGGAGAGGAGAUCGGGGUUCCCGAGUUCGCGGCGUACCUGGGGGUCCCCGUGUCCGGCGUGCUGGAAGACAUGUUCUCGCUGUUUGACGAGAGCGGCGGUGGCAAGAUGGACCUGCGGGAGUACGUGGUGGCCCUGUCUGUCGUCUGCCGGCCCGCCCAGACCCUGGACACCGUCCGGCUGGCAUUCAAGAUGUACGGGUCCCCAGAGGACGGCAGCAUAGACGAGGAUGCCUUGUCCUGCAUCCUCAAGACUGCCCUGGGGGUGGCGGAGCUUUCUGUGACCGACCUCUUUCGAGCCAUCGAUGAGGAGGAGAAGGGGACGAUCACAUUCGGUGAGCGGCGGGAGUGGGGUCACGCCGUGGGUGGCCUGCGUGUGCCGAGCGGCGGCGGCAAGAUGGACCUGCGGGAGUACGUGGUGGCCCUGUCUGUCGUCUGCCGGCCCGCCCAGACCCUGGACACCGUCCGGCUGGCAUUCAAGGUCAGCAGGGUCCGAGUCCUCCGGCUGCCUGGCUUGCGGGUGCCUGGCAACUCUGAGAAGGGGGACAGCCCGGACGCAUGCGGGGCCAGAGCCGCCCUGGCAGGCAGAGGCGGCAGCCUCGAGGUGACACCCCGCUUCGCCUUGCAGAUGUACGGGUCCCCAGAGGACGGCAGCAUAGACGAGGAUGCCUUGUCCUGCAUCCUCAAGACUGCCCUGGGGGUGGCGGAGCUUUCUGUGACCGACCUCUUUCGAGCCAUCGAUGAGGAGGAGAAGGGGACGAUCACAUUCGGUGAGCAGCGGGAGUGGGGUCACGCCGUGGGUGGCCUGCGUGUGCCGUAUAACGCGGCCCACUUCACGGUAGCUCAAGCUGCAGUCAGCGCACGGAAUGUUGGUAACACGCCGGGGCAGGGGGGCAGCGGGAAGUCAGCAGCCGGCGUGUCGGGGCGCAUGGGCGCCUGUGCCUCGGGGGGACGCUGGUGGCGGCCUGAGGUCGCGGUGCAGUGGACGGCCGCGUGGUCCCGGGAGGACUGUCCCCACUUGGGAACUAAGACCUUCGGAGCGGAAGAGCCGAGUGCGCGGAGAACAGGGAAAACACGGGCGGGAGCGACAGUCCGCGUGGGCCGGCUGCGCUGCAGCGACGACGUCCCCCCCGCACCGGGGGCCGGCCAAAGAGAGCGGCUCUGA